UUCCGGUAACGAAUUUAGCCGACCCGGAGAUGGGAGGAUCCGAAUGGUCGCCAUUUGUGGAAUCUCUUAAAUCAAUCAAACACAAACAAAAUUCUCUUUACCUGAGCAGUCCACAAAGCUUCUCAAUCACUGCCACGACCCAGUCAAUCGAUCCACAGUAAAGGCAUUUGUAGAAGAUGCAGUUCUUCGGAGGAUCAGAGAUCAGUCCAUCGCCACCGCCGCCGACAGUAUCAGGAAAUAAUGCACAUAUGCUGUAUGUAUUCAAUAGGAACGGAGUGUGUCUUCUUUACAGGGAAUGGAAUCGGCCUCUUAAGACUUUAAACCCUCAGCAGGACCAUAAGCUCAUGUUUGGUUUGCUCUUCUCUCUCAAAUCUUUGACCGCUAAGAUGGAUCCCACAAGUACGGAAAAAGGUAAUCUUGGGGUGCCGCAAUUACCUGGACAAGGAUGUUCGUUUCACAGCUUUCGGACUAAUACAUAUAAACUCAGUUUCAUGGAAAGUCCAUCUGGAAUAAAGAUCAUCCUUGUCACACAUCCUAGGACUGGUGAUCUAAGGGAAUCUUUGAAGUAUAUUUACAAUUUGUAUGUUGAAUAUGUGGUGAAGAAUCCGCUCUACUCCCCAGGGGCUCCUAUCAAGUGUGAGCUAUUUAAUUCUACCCUCGAUCAGUAUGUCAGAGGCGUUGGAUAAUUUUUCAAGGAUCAAAUGGAUUCAGAUAUCGCAUAUUGCAUUUGGCUUAGUCGCCCCUUCAAUUAUGACGUUCUAUGAUCAGUGAUGGAAGAAUGGCUCAGGUUGAGCUCAAUACAUUCUCAAAACUUGCUGCACAACCUUUAGACAAAGUGUUGCGCCAAUUGUGUUCCUAGUUACGGUCUGACCUCAAAUUGGUAACUUCAGUAUAUUGUCUUUCAUAUCAUUAAAUGUGUUUAAACAGUAAGAUUUGGAUAAAGUCUGUAUUACAUUCAUUAGAUGAUGCUUGUCCUUUGAUGUAUACACUAUAACGAUGAAGAAUGGUAGGUUUAAGAGCAGUGAAUGUGAAGUGUGCUUGCUUUUUAGUAUUGGAUCUGUUUCCUGUUAAUAUAUGUUAGUAUUGAA